AUGUAUCACAACCCUUCAGCGCGCUCGUGGAAGAGCAAACAUACUGUCAGGCCAUCUGUUUUGAAAUUCCACCAGACGUUACCAGACUACGGUAAGACGCCGCUUAUAAAACUACCGGCAAAAGUGGGUGAACAGCUGGGGGUUGGGACCAUUCUCCUCAAAGACGAGUCCCACCGCUUUGCCUUACCAUCCUACAAGAUCCUCGGAGCAUCAUGGGGAUGCGUCUGCACCAUCACCCACUGCCUAGGCAUUCUCCCAUCAGCGCCUUUAUCUCGAAUUAGGCAACUCGUCGCAGUCGUCCACUAUACUUUCUACACAGCUACGGAUGGCAAUUGGGGUCGAGCGGUAGCUCACAUGGCCAAGUUUCUGGGAGCAAAUGCCCUCAUAUACGUGCCGAAAGUCAUGGUCGAGGCGACGAAGCAGAAGAUCAGACAAGAGGGGGCUGAAGUGAUUGUGGUUGAUGGGGACUAUGAUAUGGCUGUGAAGGAAGCGGAAAGAGCUGCGAUUACACAGCCCCGUGGGUUGUUGAUUGAAGACACGGCUUGGCCAGGGUAUGAAGAGAUUCCGCAGUGGGUCGUCGAUGGCUACUCCACCAUGAUGGUCGAAAUCGAUGAGCAGUGUCAAGAGCUGACCGGCAGACCUCUCAACCUGAUCAUUUGUCCCGUCGGCGUGGGUUCUCUGGCACAAGCUGUAGUAGCGCAUUACAAGAGCCGAGAUGCGCCGUCUACGGUGAUGGCGGUCGAGCCUGACACGGCCGCUUGUUUAAAGACGAGCCUUGAGAGCGGUCAGAUGACGUCUAUAUCUACAGGCAAUACUACAAUGUGCGGUAUGAAUUGCGGCACGGUGUCGAUGACUGCUUGGCCAUUCUUGCGCAACGGUGUCGAUGCUAGCAUCACGGUCACCGAUGAUGAGUCUGCAGAGGCUCAAGAGAUGCUAAAAGACAUGGAGAUUAGCAUGGGUCCGUGCAGCGCCGCAACACUGGCAGCGCUAUUUAGCAUCUCUGAGGAGGAAAAGAGAAGUUGCAUCUCAAUCGUGAUUCGGUGA